AUAUACCCUUUAGCCUCCGUACGCAACACCCUGCUCGCCACCACAAGCAAACCCAAGCUUGGAGCACCAUUUUCCGCAAUCCAACACUGCACGCAUCGAAUUUCUUGCACUUGACGACUCGCGCUCCUCGCCAUCCUGAUGAAAUAUACCCCAAUCCCGUACUUUUAUGGGCCUUCCAUGUACCAUUUCUCUGCGCCAAUGGCAUUUAUUCGAAACCGAGUUGAACCGCAGUUACCGCACCUUCCGUUCCAGCAAAACUAACGGUUUAGUCUUAGAACAACUUAUUGAACUUUCUUUUCAUCUGGGUUCUUCUGAAAAUGGAAGUGGGGCUUGUUGGGCUGCUGAGAGCGGCGUGGAUUGCGGGGACUCUGCCUAUAUUGAUAGCUUCGUUGCCAUCCUCUAGGCUGAGUGGGUUUCGUGAUGCUCUCUCCGGCUUCGCAAAGCGAGGGAAGACCAUGCAGUCUUCGUCACAGAGAUUCACCAUUCCUCAAAGGUUCUUUUGCCAUUUUUAUUGGGUGGCUGUUGUGUGGACAACACUUCUGCUUGUUACAACUUGGAUGUAUGCAUAUACCACAGCUCCAAUGGUUUCAGAGCCGUUUCUUUACUCUAGUAUUGCCAGCUACUUGACUGGAGGUUCGCAUAUUUUAUCUUGGCACAAAUCGCGUUCAACGUCACUAAAGCAAAUAUAUAUGGUUUGGCGAUCUGUUUUUCUUCUUUUGUUGAUGGAAGUUCAGGUUUUGAGACGCCUCUUUGAGACAAUAUAUGUGUUCAACUAUAGCCCCUCUGCUCGAAUGCAUAUCUUUAGCUAUCUUAUUGGCCUGUUUUUCUACAUGGCAGCACCACUGUCACUUUGUUGCAAUUGCAUACCAGAGGUGUAUGAGUUUGCGGUGAAUGGAGUGGCCGAAUUCAUUGUUAGAGGCAAGAGUCAGAUGCCAGCCAUUGAAUUUGAUUGGUGGGAAUUUGUGAAUCCUCUGGUGAAGCUUGGAUGGCGCCAGUGGAUUGGUGCUGCUAUAUUUUUUUGGGGAUGGGUUCACCAGCAACGUUGUCAUGUAAUUCUCGGCUCACUACGUGACCACAUGGAACAAGUUGACGAGUAUGUAAUCCCCCACGGUGAUUGGUUUGAAAUUGUUUCGUCUCCACACUAUCUGGCUGAGAUUGUUAUCUAUGCUAGUCUUGUGGUUGUUAGUGGAGGAGCAGAUCUCACUAUCUGGUUACUUUUUGCAUUCGUGGUCGCAAAUUUGGUGUUUGCAGCAGCAGAAACACAUAGGUGGUAUCUUCGUAAAUUUGACAAUUACCCAAGCAACCGGCUUGUUAUAUUUCCAUUUAUUUACUGAUACCGUGACACUGAGAUUCUCAAGAUAACAAUAUUUGGGUUUGUGUAAAUAGCAUUAGUUACUUGAGUGAAAGACCUUGGCGGAGUUUGGGAUAUCACGAUAAAAUGUAUAAUCAGCUUCUUCGCGAAUAGAUUGUGGUAGUGGAUAGUUUUAUAUAUA